CUAGUAUGUUUUCGCAUUUGAGCGCCGCGAAGUGUGUGGCAUUUUUUGGCGUUCCGGCUGCGUUCACACUGACCUCCUUAAGGUUAUCGGCAUAACAAUUUUGUAAAUUCUCGAGUUUGCCGUUUUUCGACUCGUUUUGCCAGUCAAAAUUCCAACCGACGUGCCGCCGAAAGACCCACAACCACCCACGUAGGAUUUGGAUCAGGAUUUCACGGGGAGACUAACGAAAAAAGGACGAAAAUGCUGCGCUCCCUUGCAACAACACGAAACGAAAUUGGGGCCCUUCGCUCCGUGCUCCUGCGAUCGAAUAACGCCACCUAUAUCCGCCGAUCUGCCGGAAAUAUCGGAGUGCGCGCCCUCAGCUGCCAGCUGAUCAACUCCCAGAAUCUCCAAAGUAUAAGGUCCAAACUUACCACUAGCCAACCCUUGGCCGGAUGGAGCUACAACUUUGCCCGUGCCUAUGCCAGCCUUCCGGAGCACAUCAGGGUGCCCCUGCCCGCCCUAUCGCCCACCAUGGAGCGCGGAUCGAUUGUCAGCUGGGAGAAGAAGGAGGGCGACCAACUCAACGAAGGUGACCUGCUGUGUGAAAUCGAGACGGACAAGGCCACAAUGGGCUUCGAGACGCCCGAGGAGGGCUAUCUGGCCAAGAUCCUCAUCCAGGGCGGCACCAAGGACGUGCCCGUCGGCCAGCUGCUUUGCAUUAUUGUUCCCGAUCAGGGCAGCGUAGCGGCCUUUGCUGAUUUCAAGGACGACGGAUCCGCCGCACCACCAGCUGCUCCGGCAGCCGCGCCAGCAGCUGCAGCACCACCGCCACCAGCUGCUCCGGCUCCAGUAGCCGCCGUUCCCGUACCAGCUCCAGCCGCUGCUCCAGCUGCAGCAGGUACAGGCCGUGUGUAUGCCAGUCCGAUGGCCAAGCGACUAGCCGAGGCACAACAGCUGCGUUUACAAGGCAAGGGCAGUGGAGUCCAUGGCUCAAUUAAAUCUGGUGAUCUUGCAGGCCAGUCUGCGGCAGCCAAGCCAGCUGCUGCGGCACCUGCCAAGGCUCCAAGGGCAGCCGGCGCUCGAUUCGAGGACAUCCCGGUGACCAACAUGCGGGCUGUGAUCGCCAAGCGACUGCUGGAGUCCAAGACCCAACUGCCUCACUACUACGUCACCGUGCAAUGCCAAGUGGAUAAGCUCCUGAAGUUCCGCGCGAAGGUGAACAAGAAGUACGAGAAACAGGGCGCCCGCGUCUCUGUGAACGACUUCAUCAUCAAGGCAGUGGCAAUCGCCAGUCUCAAGGUUCCCGAAGCAAACUCCGCCUGGAUGGACACAGUUAUCCGGCAGUACGACGAUGUCGAUGUCUCGGUGGCCGUCUCCACAGACAAGGGCCUGAUCACCCCGAUUGUCUUCAAUGCCGACCGCAAGGGUGUCCUGGAGAUAUCCAAGGAUGUCAAGGCGCUGGCAGCCAAGGCACGCGACAACAAACUUCAGCCCCACGAAUUCCAGGGCGGCACCAUUUCGGUGUCCAACCUGGGCAUGUUCGGUGUAAACCAGUUUGCUGCCGUCAUCAAUCCCCCGCAAUCGUGCAUCCUUGCUAUUGGCACCACAACGAAACAGCUGGUUGCGGAUCCCGAUAGUCUCAAGGGUUUCAAGGAGGUCAACGUGCUGACCGUUACCCUGAGUGCUGAUCAUCGCGUGGUAGAUGGUGCAGUUGCUGCCAGGUGGCUGCAGCACUUCCGUGACUACAUGGAGGAUCCGUCCAAUAUGGUAUUGUAAACGGACUGGCACGACCCCAUCACAUUUAGAAGAGAGACUCCAACGAAAAACAUAUAAAGAUAACAAAUUAGUAACCUCUCUUUAAGGGAGGCGUUUUGGUCGACAUAAAAUACGUGGAUGUGUGGAUUCUAAUCGGUGUUGCAUAUGUAAAGUUUUAAAUUGGAUUUAACUCAUCCCAUUUUAUCACUUAUAUAUAUAUAGAAAUUUAAUUGUGUAAUAUUUGAUGUAGUUAAUGCUGGUGGAUGUAUGCCAUGAUUGUAGAAAAACCACACACAAAAUACUUGAAUGAUAUUCGAAUUAACUCACUCAAAGAGCUGUAAAUUUCCGUUUGAUAUGCUAAAACAUUUUGUAUGCUUUGUUCGCAUAUGUUGAUCAUGAUCGAGUAUGAAAAUGGAAGUAGUUGAAAGUCCAAAGACGCGUUGAAUAAACCUAAAACACACUCACAUGAACUAGCCAAUUCAUAAGAAA